ACCCGGCCGGGCUCCGGGGAUGACGAGUCCCUGUCCGCACGCCGCAAACUGUCACCCCCACCCCGUGUGAGGUACCCCGAGUGGACCCGGUGCCCCUUUCUGGAGCUGUCAUCGCUCACCUCCUCCCCUUCGCGUUUCGUUUUUACUUUUGAGAAGACUGAAGAUAAUGUGGAUGCAAGUGAUCUUAAGCCAUUUUUUGAGACCCACUAUUCUCAGAUAUAUUUCAUCUUCUAUGAAAAUUUUAUAACACUGGAAAAUAGUUUAAAAUUAAAAGGGAAUAAUAAAUCACAAAGGGAGGAGCUGGACUCUAUUCUCUUUCUUUUUGAAAAAAUACUGCAGUUUCUACCUGAACGAAUUUUCUUUCGAUGGCAUUACCAGAGCAUAGGCUCAACUUUAAAGAAGCUUCUACACACUGGAAAUUCUAUAAAGAUAAGAUGUGAAGGAGUCAGACUGUUUCUUUUGUGGCUUCAAGCACUUCAGACAAACUGUGCAGAAGAGCAGGUGCUGAUUUUCGCUUGCCUCGUGCCUGGUUUCCCAGCAGUCUUGUCCUCCAGGGGGCCCUGCACACUGGAGACCCUCAUCAAUCCCAGCCCUAGUGUAGCUGAUGCAAAGAUAUAUCCAGAAGAAAUCACUCCACUACUUCCAGCUGUAUCAGGGGAGAAGACUGCAGAGGACCAAACCUGCUUUUUCCUUCAGAUACUGUUGAAGUAUAUGGUAAUUCAGGCUGCAAGCUUGGAGUGGAAGAAUAAAGAAAAUCAAGAUACUGGUUUUAAAUUUCUUUUCACAUUGUUUCGAAAGUAUUAUCUUCCUCAUUUAUUUCCAUCAUUUACUAAGUUAACAAACAUCUACAAACCUGUACUUGACAUCCCCCAUUGGAGACCAAAGCCCCUGUACAUUACUACAACUCGAGACAGUGAGAACAUUUACAGCACAAAAAUUCCAUACAUGGCAGCUCGUGUUGUUUUUAUUAAGUGGAUUGUAACUUUCUUUUUGGAAAAAAAAUAUCUAACUGCAACACAAAGCACUAAAAAUGGAGUUGAUGUGUUGCCUAAAAUUAUUCAGACCGUUGGUGGUGGUGCAGCACCAGAGAGGGUACCGGAGCUGGAUGGCAGUGGGCCCCUGGAGCAAGACAAGGGCCAUUCUAACAGCAGCACUUUGUCUGAGCGAAGACUCAGUAGCUCCAGCCUCUGCAGCAUCGAGGAAGAGCACCGGACAGUGUAUGGAAUGGUGCAUCGGAUCCUCCUGUCCACACGAGGUUACAUCAAUUUCGUGAAUGAAGUAUUUCGCCAGGCAUUUCUGUUGCCUUCCUGUGACAUAGCUAUAACUAGGAAAGUAGUUCAGGUGUAUAGAAAAUGGAUCCUCCAGGAAAAGCCUGUGUUCAUGGAGGAGCCGGAUAAAAAUGACAUUGCCCAAGAGGAUGCUGAAAAACUAGGUAUUUCAGAGACUGAUGCCAAGGAGGCCUCCUCAGACGGUUCGGGUCAUAAGCGAUCUUCCAGCUGGGGACGCACAUACUCCUUCACAAGCGCCAUGAGCAGAGGGUGUGUGGCUGAAGAGGACAGCACCAGUGUGAAGGCUGGGGCCCAGGCUGUGCUGCAGGUAUUUCUGACAAAUGCUGCAAAUGUUUUUCUGCUGGAACCUUGCGUUGAAGUUCCUGUGCUCUUGAAAGAGCAAGUUGAUGCUUGCAAAGCUGUUUUGAUUGUUUUUAGGCGUAUGAUAAUGGAGCUUACAAUGAAUAAAAAGACAUGGGAACAGAUGUUGCAAAUACUACUCAGGAUAACAGAAGCUGUCAUGCAGAAGCCAAAGGAUAAACAAAUAAAGGACUUGUUUGCCCAGAGCUUGGCAGGGUUACUGUUUAGGACGCUCAUCGUGGCAUGGAUCCGAGCAAACCUUUGCGUGUUCAUCUCUCGGGAGCUCUGGGAUGACUUUCUGGGUGUGCUAUCCUCCCUCACUGAGUGGGAGGAGCUCAUCAGUGAGUGGGCCAACAUCAUGGACUCCCUGACUGCAGUGCUGGCGAGAACUGUGUACGGAGUUGAGCUGACAAACCUACCUCUGGACAAGCUAAGUGAGCAGAAAGAGAAGAAACAACGGGGCAAAGGCUGUGUUCUGGAUUCUCAGAAAGGGACCACUGUGGGGAGAUCCUUUUCUCUCAGCUGGCGGAGCCACCCAGAUGUGACCGAGCCCAUGCGAUUCAGGAGUGCCACCACAUCUGGGGCACCUGGGGUGGAGAAGGCAAGAAAUAACGUCCGCCAAAAAGCAACUGCUAAGCGAAGCCAGUCUAUCAGCAACUGUGUCCAUCUCUCUGAGGCUUUGCCUGCCACUAAAAGCGUCCCGCUCCUACUCCACACCGUGAGCGCUCUCUUACCUGGUCUCUCUUACUCCUCUUGCUCUCACAGGCUGUCAGAAGUGGAGGAGAAUCCACAGUCAGAGAACGCACCUGCAGCAGAACCAAGCCAGCUUGCAAUGGGACAGCAGCAGGUCCUCCGGAGCAGCAGCACCUCUGACAUUCCUGAGCCGAGGGUCCCAGAUACAUCUCAGGGUCAAAAGGCAGAAAUUUCACAGAAUUUGACUUCUUCAGAAUCCAAUCCUAGUCACGAGAAUACGGGCCAGGUGAAGAGAGAACAUGAAGGAAUAACAAUCUUAGUUCGAAGAAGCAGCAGCCCUGCUGAAUUGGAUCUGCAGGAUGAUUUGCAGCAGACACAAGGAAAAUGUAGGGAAAGACAGAAGAGUGAAAGUGCCAGCGGCGACACAGCUGUGGGCUAUAGCAGUGAGGCCGAGCUGUUGGUGAACCCAUGGCAGGUGUGUGAGGAGGACCCUGACCUGAGCACACCCACAGAUGCUGUGGCUGACGCUGAUGCACGGCAGUGGUUACAGCUGAGUUCCACAGAUGCCUCAAACCUAACAGACAACAGUGAGUGCCUGGUGGAUGACUGUAGUAUCAUUGCUGGGGGGAACCUCACUGGCUGGCAUCCAGAUUCUGCUGCUGUGUUAUGGAGAAGAAUCUUGGGGAUCCUCGGAGAUGUGAAUAACAUCCAGUCACCCAAGAUUCAUGCCAAAGUGUUUGGCUAUCUCUAUGAGCUCUGGUACAAACUAGCGAAGAUCCGGGAUAAUCUAGCUGUAAGCCUGGAUAACCAGUCUUCUCCGUCUCCUCCUGCCUUGAUCCCACCACUCAGAAUGUUUGCAUCAUGGUUAUUUAAGGCGACGACACUGCCAAAUGAAUAUAAGGAGGGCAAACUGCAAGCCUACAGGCUGAUCUGCGCCAUGAUGACCAGACGCCAGGAUGUCCUGCCAAAUUCUGACUUCCUGGUGCACUUCUACCUCGUGAUGCACCUGGGAUUAACCAGUGAGGACCAGGAUAUCUUGAACACCAUCAUAAGACACUGCCCGCCCCGAUUCUUCUCCCUGGGUCUGCCUGGCUUCUCCAUGCUGGUGGGGGACUUCAUCACGGCCUCAGCCAGGGUCCUCAGCACAGACAUGUUGGCGGCGCCUCGUUCUGAAGCUCUCACGGUGCUUGGGUCCCUCGUCUGCUUCCCUAAUAUCUACCGGGAGAUCCCAUUACUACAGUCGGUACCAGAAGUGAGUGAGGUUAUCACUGGAACUGAAGACGUCAAGCAUUACCUCAUAAAUAUUUUACUGAAGAAUGCCACAGAGGAACCAAAUGAAUGUGCAAGGUGCAUUGCCAUUUGCUCCCUGGGAGUGUGGAUCUGCGAGGAACUUACACAACAUACCUGCCACCCCCAGGUGAAGGAGGCCAUCAACGUGGUCGGCGUGACACUAAAGUUUCCUAACAAAAUCGUGGCUCAGGUAGCUUGUGAUGUUCUUCAGUUGCUGGUUUCCUACUGGGGAAAACUUCAGAUAUUUGAAAUCUCCCUGCCUCGGAAAAUGGCAGAAAUCCUUGUGGCCACAAUUGCUUUUCUUUUACCAAGUGCAGAGUACUCCUCAGUGGAAGCAGAUAAGAAGUUCAUUGUGUCCUUGCUCCUCUGCCUCCUGGACUGGUGCAUGGCCCUGCCAGUGAGCACCCUUCUACACCCGGUGUCCACCUCGGUCCUGGAGGAACAGCACCCAUCUCGGGUGCCCUUGUUGGAUUAUAUCUACAGGGUUCUACACUGCUGUGUCUGUGGCUCGAGCACAUACACCCAGCAGAGUCACUAUACUUUGACCCUGGCCGAUUUGUCCUCUGUGGAUUAUGACCCCUUCCUGCCCCUGGCCAGUGUGAGGAGCUCUGAGCCAGUCCAGUGCCAUUCCUCAGCAGAUUUGGGCAACCUGCUGACUGUGGAAGAGGAGAGAAAAAGGAGGAGCCUGGAGCUGAUCCCACUUACCGCCCGCAUGGUGAUGGCACACCUGGUCAACCACUUGGGUCACUACCCGCUGGCUGGGGGCCCGGCUGUGCUGCACAGCCUAGUCAGCGAGAACCAUGAUAACACCCACACUGAGGGUGCCGAGCUGUCCCCCGAGGUGUUCCGGAGCCCAAACCUGCAGCUCUUUGUAUUUAAUGACAGCACCCUCAUCUCUUACCUGCAGAUGCCUGCAGAGGGGAUGAGUGGCAGGUCCCCAGGGGGCGCCGUCUCAGAUGUGCGGGUCAUUGUGCGAGACGUUUCAGGGAAGUACUCCUGGGAUGGGAAGGUGCUCUAUGGACCUCUGGAGGGCUGCCCAGCACCCAGCAGGUGCAGUCCCCCCUUUCGGAUUCCCAGCUGCCAUCCUCAGAACAUUGGGCCGCAGAAAGAUCUUCCUCAGACAGAAGAGGAGGAUGAUGUGCUGGACAAGUUGCUUGAGAACAUUGGCCACAUGAGCCCUGAAUGCCUCUUGCCAUCUCAGCUAAAGCUAAAUGAGCCUUCCCUACCCCCGUAUGGAAUGAACAGUGAGCAGGAGAAGGAAAUUAUUGAGGUUAUCCUGCGCCAGAAUGCACAGGAGGAUGAGCAUGUUCAGAGGUGUAACUCGGCCUCCACCAUGAAGGUCACCAACCAAGGGCAGCCCUCCCCAGUGGAGCCCCAAGGACCCUUCUAUUUCUGCAGGCUGCUGCUCGAUGACUUGGGAAUGAACUCUUGGGACAGAAGGAAGAAUUUUCAUCUGUUGAAGAAAAACUCAAAAUUAUUGAGAGAGCUGAAAAAUCUGGACUCCCGUCAGUGCCGGGAGACACACAAAAUUGCAGUGUUUUACAUUGCUGAAGGUCAGGAAGACAAGUGUUCGAUCCUCUCCAAUGAAAGAGGAAGCCAAGCUUAUGAAGACUUCGUUGCUGGUCUUGGAUGGGAGGUGGAUCUCUCUACCCACUGUGGCUUCAUGGGUGGCCUGCAGCGCAAUGGCAGCACCGGGCUGACUGCACCUUACUAUGCUACCUCCACUGUGGAAGUAAUUUUCCACGUUUCCACUCGGAUGCCAUCGGACUCAGAUGAUUCCCUCACCAAAAAGCUCCGUCACUUGGGGAAUGAUGAGGUCCACAUCGUCUGGUCUGAACACUCCAGGGACUACCGCAGGGGCAUCAUCCCGACGGCCUUUGGCGACGUGUCCAUCAUCAUUUACCCAAUGAAGAACCACAUGUUCUUUAUCACAAUAACCAAGAAACCCGAGGUGCCAUUUUUUGGACCUUUGUUCGAUGGCGCCAUCGUGAGUGGACAACUGCUGCCGAGCCUUAUCUGUGCCACAUGCAUCAAUGCCAGCCGGGCUGUGAAGUGCCUCAUCCCGCUUUACCAGAGCUUCUACGAAGAACGAGCACUGUAUCUUGAAGCAAUAAUUCAGAACCAUCGCGAAGUCAUGACGUUCGAGGAUUUUGCAGCUCAAGUCUUCUCCCCCUCGCCCAGCUACUCCCUCAGUGGAACGGAUUAAAAUACACAGAGGUCUUGUUACGGUACCUGAGCAAGGUGCUGUGGCCUCUGGCCUGUGUGCCACCCGGGAGAACCCUGGUGUGGAGGAGACAGGCAGACUCCUCAUCCUCCCCAAGCCCCCAGUCCUGGGGCCCCCGAGAAAUGUCAUGGCUGCAUGACUCUUCGAAAGAUUACAUGGAACUUCUGGGUGAGGCUGUGUCCUCCUUUCCUGAAACCUCACAAACUUCUGGCUUCCAAAGAAAAAAGAAAAAGACGACAACCAGAGACAAGCAGCUACCACAGGGCACGGGCGGCUACUUCUGGGGAGGAGAUAGAGGGCAGUUGGCCCCCCAUUCAUAAACACAACCACCUAUCCCAGAGGAGCCAGUAAAACAUUAUUAUUGUGGGAAGAAUUUCCUGUGUGUGGAUCUCACCUGUCCUUCCUGUGUUAAGAUCAUGGUUUACUCAGAAAUUUCAUCAUCAUGACAAUUGGCUCUCCCGGGGGUCCUUACCAGGGAGAAGGUUUACCUCUUCCACCUGGUGCUUGCAGCCCCCUAGCACAGCAGGAUCGGGUGACAGCCAUGCUCCUGCUCCAGAGCACUUGGAGCUUUCUCAGAAUCCAGGGUCCUGCUGGGGAUUUAGCUCAGUGGUUCGCUGCCUGCCUCAUAAGUGUAAGGUCCGGAGUUCGAUCCCUAGCACCAAAAAAAGAAAAACAAGAAAAAAUAUCCAGGGUCCUGUCCUUGAGAGAGCUCCUGCAGGACAAGGAUGAUUCUGGGCACAGCACAGCGCAGCUUCUCCAACACCAAGGCGAGCAUCCCUAAGACGUAGAUUCUGUGCCCCUUUCCUGUCCUCCAUGCUCCCCUACACAUACCUGCAACGCCACCCUCGCCUGCCUGGUGAUGGAUAGCAUGGCCAUUUCUCUGCAGGGCUGGGUUGUUCCCAGGGACUAUGGAGUUUCUUUGACUGAUGGCGACUCAUGCAGGACAAGGGCAACUCAGGAGCCAGGUGUGCUCUGGGACACAUGGGAAAGAACCAAACAUAGUCCCUGUUAGAAAGGCAGACGUUUUAGGCAGAGCUGUCUCAGGCUUGGGGACAAAAGCUGUUCCACUUGAGACAGGAUGUUCUAGGUGGCUGUCAUCUCUUGGGGCUGUGUUCUGAGGGUGUGGGGAGGUGACCAGUUUUGGUGGCUUUUCCCGCCGUGUUCCUAUCUUACUCUCACCAGUCCCUUUUCAUUGACUUGAGCUUUCUGGUCACUGGUUUGGCUGGUGUCACUUAAACUAGCUCGUCUUAUUCCUGGUCUGCUUGGUUUCAUGUUUACAAAGUGCCCAGACCUUGUUCCUGUAUGGAGUUCAUUACCUGUCCCUGGGCCCAAAGGCAGGAAGUGACUGCCGGGAGAGCAUGGAUCCACAGGUUUCAUGCAAAGAGGGCAGAGGGAGGAGAGGCAUGUCAAGGACUGGAAGGAUUUUCCUUUCUGUGGUGCCAAGAUAGAACCCAGGGGCCUUCACUUGUGCUAGACCAGCACACAGCCCCUGAGCCCCAUCGAGCCUCUGGUGCCAGAGUUGAUGCCCUGGGAUUUGGGCUUUAUUUUGUCUCUGGCCAGUGCUCCUGACUUUGGAGUAGGAAAUUCAAUUGCAAGUAGUGAAAACUCAAGUUCAGUAUAUCCCCAGUAGUGUUAGGAACCCCACGGCCCCAGAUGACAGCCAGCAGUCCUCCGCCGGGAGCCUGAGUCCACCACUGCAGGAACAGCUUUGGUUUGGAGACAGAAUGGGAAGCAGGGAGUCUGGCAGCCUCGUUGCUUGCAGUGCAUGACUUAGUCAUUUUUGUUAUUUGGAGUGGAAAAUUGAAGUGAUCAAGUUUUUCUUUUUUUCUAGUUAGAAAAUAUUGUGUUUUCUCUAAUAAAUGCCUUUUAGUUUAAAAAUUGCCAGGGUCACUCAGACCCUCCCAGCCACACACUGCCUCCUCACUUCGUGGGGCAUGGGUCAGCAACUGCAAACACAAGCAGCCCUCGGUGGGCCAAAAUAGGGUCGUACACGUGGCCUCGCACAGGGCCCAGCUGCUUCCCCUACUCCACACACUGGUUUCCCGAUUUCCAUCUGAACAAAUCUGAAUUUAGAGUCUCACUUAUCAGCUUUUAUACUUAAAAAAAAAUAGUAAUUCCACAAAUGAUGACUUUAAAAAUAGUCAAGCCUUGAGCAUGAAGAAAUAUGUAGCUCAGGAGAGCAGCUGUCACAUGUGUCUUUGGCAGCUAAGUCUGCUGCUCCUAAGAGCUGUGGCUGGGGGACCCUUGCCUUGUGAUGUGGGUUGAUCCACUGGACCCUUAGCCUUACAAACUAGAUCACACAGAUCCAGAGAGCCAUGCAAGUCCCUGUCUUCCCAGUCAAUUUCAGUGCCACCUCCACCCACCACUGAUCUGAUCUGUUUGUUCCAAGCAAAAGUUUAAGAAUCCUUUGACACUUACUGUGACGUUGUGUAUGUAGCUGAGUACUUUAUAUCUACUGAAGGGAACAGUCGGUAAAAAAAUGGCCAUAGUUAUAGCUGCUCUGCGUAUCUAUGUAUGACACUCACAUUAAGUGGAUGUUUCCCGUGUUUUCAGGUAUACUAGGUUCAGUAUGUAUAAAUAGGGGAAAAUUUGAUAAAUAUGGUAAAUUAAGGUUAUAGUGAUUCUUGUUUUACUGCCUCAUUAUUUAAUUUCCCUACCCCUCCACGUCUUGCAGGCUUUUGAGGUGGUAGAGGCCCUCUCAGCUAACCCAUCCCGCAGACAUAUGAGCGUGUGCGCGUGUGUGUGUAUGUGACACAGGACACACUCCACCAAGGCAGCCGUGCUCUGGGACAGCGUGUGGCUCACUGCUGACGCCACCUGACUCUAGUUCACCCUCUUCCCCCUUUGGUUCUGAUUGCGAUGAUUUAAUAAGUGGAGACACAGCACUCAGGUGCUAUAUGUUUUUGUUGGUCUCAUAGUUUGUAGGAAAAUAAAGUUUAUCCUGGAAUCUAAUAAAAAAGGUGGUUUGUAUUUUUAUUGAAUAGAGUUGUUCAAAAAUGUUUUUUAAACCAAAGCCUAAAUGUGUCCAACGUGGUAUCUGGUACCAGAGCAACGAAGUUACCACGUAUAGGCAAAGUUGACCCCGUGGUUCCUGAUGUGGCCUGCUAAAAGCUGGCCACCAGAGGUCCUGGGCCCAAUGGCAUUGACCCACCCAUGCACGCCCAUAGGGCUUGUCAUGGUGAGCCCUGACAAGUAAGUUGUAAUGUAGCCUCCUGCUGUCACGGAUGAGGCCAGGCUUGUGGUCCUGCCUUGAGACACCAGACAUCACACUACAGGCUUGCCCAGCCACUGCAUGUGUCCUGGCCACUUUCUAGACAGCACAAGAAUGCUUAUAACACUGGGCAGCCAAGUUUAUGAAAUCACUCAUUUGUCCAUUUAGGAAAUGCUCAUUAAGUACUUGUUACUUGCAAAACAGAUCCAUGGCCUCAGGAGAGCGGUCCAGGUGUUCCCAGGAGUCAGACAUCGAGUCUGAACUGAAUGGGCUUCUUUCUCAUUUCUUACAAACAGCAAAGCCAUGGUUUUAAUACUUCACUCCUGGUAGGGUGCUCCUUGGGAAGUAUCAGGCCUCUGUGACAAGUAGCAGUGGUUCCCAGCCUGGACCGUCAGCCUCGUGCAGGAAGCUGGGGUUCCUGCCCCAUCUCACUCCCAGUUCUGUUGCCCCUGCUCUGCUUUCCUUACCUACCCAGAGGACACAGCUGC